CUAGCGAAGCGUAUCAGUGUCGGCAGAACUGUUCACGAAAAUAAACAUGUACAUCGCCUGUUUACUUUCACUAGUGCUACUAACGUGCAUUUACUUGUUUCUUAAACGUAAUUAUAAUUACUGGAAAAGGAAAGGGGUACCAAAUCCUCCGGCUUCGGUCAUCUUUGGAAAUUUAGGCGAAUCGCUUACGUUUACGAAGUCUCUGGGACAAAUUUACCAUGAAAUUUACCAAAAAUACACGGAUCUCGCGUACGUUGGUUUUUACAAAAUGCGAACCCCUGGCGUUAUACUUCGAGAUCCCGAGUUGGUGAGGGAGGUUCUAGUCAAAAGCUUUAAUCAUUUCCAAGCGAAUGAUCUGAAGAUAGAUGACGCAAAUGAUCCUUUAGUUGCAAAGAACCCAUUCUUCGUGCACGGCGAGAAGUGGAAGAAUAACCGCAGUAUACUUUCGCCAUCGUUUACCAGCAAGCAGGUUAAGCCAUUGUUUCCGUUAAUGGAAGAGGUGUGUCACAAGCUGGUAAAGUACUUGGAGACCAAAGAAAAUGAGAAAAGUGGGAUUGAGGCCAAGGAGUUAGCGCAAAGAUUCACAAUGGACGUGGUUGCGAGUUGUGCGGUUGGGUUGGAAGCAGACUCAUUCAAACACGAAAACACCGAAUUUCGUACAAUGGCGGAAAGGAUAUUGUCACCCUCCUUCUUCACCAACAUUAAACUAUUCUUCCUCUUCGCUAUGCCGUCAUUAGCUUUAUUCCUCAAGCUUAAGUUUGUACCUGACGAUGCGGCCGAUUACUUCCGAAAAAUUGUAAAUCAGACCAUGAAUUACCGGAAAGAAAACGGAAUCAUAAGGCACGAUUUCCUAAAUAACAUGCAGAACGUCAAACUAAGCUUGGGAGAGGAGAACUUUACAAACGAAGACAUCACCAUUCACUUAGUCGGAUUUUUCAUGGACGGUUUCGAAACAAGCUCAGUCGUUCUGAGCCACGCAUUGUACGAAAUCGCCGCAAACCCCCACCAUCAAAAGAAACUACGGGAGGAAAUUGAGCAAUCGUUGACAGAGCGCGGAAAGUUUGACUACUACACUCUGCGCGAUUUGGACUUUUUGAACAGAUUCUUGCAAGAGAGCUUAAGAAUGCAUCCAGCCGACAUGUUUAUUGCAAAGCUCUGCACCGAUGAAUUUGAAUUUCCAUCACCGACAGGAUCCGGUCCAAAUAUCAAGAUAGAACCUAAAACCCCAGUAAUCAUACCGAUCCACAGCUUACACUACGACCCGCAGUAUUACCCCGAUCCUGAAAAGUUCGAUCCCGAUCGAUUCACCAAGGAGAAUAAGGAGAAGAUUGUAAAGGGCACAUACCUACCUUUCAGUGAUGGGCCACGGAUUUGUCUAGGUCAAAAGUUUGCCUUAGGUCAGAUACGAGCGGCGAUUGCGCAUAUUGUAACAAAUUUCGAAAUUCGUGUAAAUAGUCGAACGAUUCAGCCUUUACAAAUCGAUCCUACGUCGUCAUUAGUGGCAGCAAAGGGGGGCAUUUGGUUAGACUUUUAUAAAAGGCAUCGGAACUGAUAGAAAUGUAGGUAUUAGAUAAAUUAUUUAUGUAACUUAAUUUUGUACUAAAAUAAAGCUGUAAGAUAAGUUAUCAAUGA